AUGGAGCAAUUAAUAGAACAACAAACAAAAUUAAAUAUUCAACAGUUCAAAUUAUAUAAAAAAUUAAUUGUGCACGAAAAUAUAAAAGAUUUAAAAUUACAAACAAUUUUGGAUUAUAUGAUGGAAAAGGAUAAAAAUAUUUUAAUUUCUGAUAAUCAAAGAAAUGAAUUUUUAAAAUGGCGUCAAGUAAUUAUUGCAAAUGAAUUUUAUGAGGAACUUGGUGUAACAAGUAAAAUUGGUAUUCAGACUGAACGUAAAAAUCGAAAGAUUUUCAAGGAGAAAAUAAGUAAAGGUAUGAUUAGAAAAUUUUAUUUAAUAAGAAUUUAA